AGCUUCUCGAUGGCCCGGUAAUCAAUCGACCCCAAAACACACCGACUCGAGGACAACUUGCUCGUUUCCACGACAGCGCCAUCAUUAAAUAACCAAAAAAUCAUCAAAAAUCAUCAAUUUACAACAUUUGUAUCUAAGAAUCACCGAUUAUAUGACUCCCGCUAUUUUCGAAAUGCCGUAUAAUACCCGGCGCAAGUCGCUCUCCCUGUCGUCACUUGGGAUUCACGUCCCAGUCACUCACGCUGAACGAGCGGCGGCGGCAGCAGCAGCGGCAGCAGCAGCUGCUGCUGCUGCUGCUGCUUCUACCGGCGCCGCAUCUCAAGGCCCCGAUAAACCCAUUUCCGGCUACUCCGCCCGUCCCGUUCCAUCCGUCGCGUCGCCGACAUGCCAUCCAAACAAGAAGCAGAAGCGAUCCCACAACAACAAAGACAGCAGAAGUCUGGCCACCCCUCCCGUCCAUGCAGGCAGAGUGCGGCACCGGGAGGGUAAUGUGGUAGUGAGCUUCGAGCACACGCCUCCGCCUUCUCCAAAAAGCCGGGACACGACGGUGGAUGGCGAGAGACGUGAGCAAGUCGUCGGGAGGAGAAUCGACCUGGAAGGCAUCAACGACGAAAUCGUUGGGGCUGUCAUCGUACGGCUGGAAGAUACGGCGAAUAGACCGCAUCUGAUCAAGGAGCUUGCCGAUGUUUUAUCUCAGCAGCUCGUUAGCGUUCGACAUUCCGCCAAUCCCUGCGCCAUCGUGUCCUCUCGGCUCUCGUCGUAUUUGAAGAGGACGUGCUGGAGUGCUCUAGCGCCCUGCCCGCUGGCGAAGGAACUCGAGCCAUUGCAUCCCCGCCGAACCUUCUACUACCUCACGACGCGGCCGCGCCUGCCGCUCCCCGCGCUUUACCAGAGCGUCCCUCGAUCCGUCAUCUCCCCAUCAAUAUCCAGUUCCGAGUCGUCGUCUUCUGAUGACGACAAUGAUGACCAUAUCGCGCGUCGGGAGCUCAGCCCUUCCCCCGAAGUUGAUCUAUCGCCGCCUCAUUUCGAUGACGCGGAUGACGAUGUUGUCAUGCCGAGCACCCCGGUUGGCUCGUUGCCCAACACGAUUCAUGAUCCGGAAGGCCAGCGGAAUACCUCUCCACCCCUGGAGAAGGACGAGAGGGAGUUUACCCAGACGGCGGAUGGACUGCAGAAGCGGAAACUCACGGGAGAAGUCCUGGCGGGUAGCAAUGCAGAGCAGGGGCACUCGGAAGACCAGAUCCGGGACGACAUCUUUGAUGAUAGACAGGCUGGCAUGGUCGGCACCACGGCAUCGUUCAGCUUCAUGACGAGUCCGGCUGUGCGCGCAUGCUUCCCUCCGUCGAGUGCGAGGAAAGAUCCCGAAGACAACAAUUGGCUGAAACUCGGCAAGUUUUUCGAGUGGGAUCACAGCCCGGAGGAUAUCGAACUCGACGAGCUAGACUGCUUGCUGGAUGCGUGCUAAGAAAACAAAGGACAGAAGCCGAACGAGAAGAAAAAAGAAAAACGCAUUCCGCGACCGGCGGAUGGUUGGCGGAGUGUUAUAUGGAGCCGCCGUAUGACGAUGAUACAUGUUCUAUUUUCAUUUGAUACGAUAUGCCACAUAACCAGGGGGGGUAUGGUUCUAAGUCGGUGUUGUACAUCUUCUGGGAGGUCGAUUAGGGGGAUAGGAAACAAAAGGUAGGAGAUGCAAAGCGACAAAUGGCGUCCCAGGGUGCGGUGGAUGGAUGGGUGGGCAUGAUAGAAAGAAAGGCCGGGGGAAAUGGAGAAACAAAACAAACCUCACUCAAAAUUUGUUAAUUUCGGUGUGGUUUUGCUGUCGCCGUUGUUAUGUAGAAGAAGCAGCAGCAGCCAGUGAGCCAAAUGGCCAACCAAUUUCAA